UUAACACUACUUUGCAAAUAUUCACAUUCUAUUACAACUGUUCGUUUCUAGUCCUUCUCAAAAAAGUGUCGUCCGCAAAAAUCAUGCAGAUUUCUCGUGAAAUUGUCGAGCACCAGAUUUCGAUAUUAAGUUACUUUACCUUCCAUAUCAAUACCCGGAAAAAAUAACUUGUCUACACCUAUAUCUCACCGGAACAUACUGCGCAAUAGAUUUCCAUCCGCUCUACUGUCGAAAAAUUAAUUCGUCCGAUCUUCGAUAAAUUUCAACUAGGUAUUUUUUUCCACGAUGUAAGUAAAUAUAAACUCGCUCGGGUGUGUUAACAAGAUGAAAACCUUGUAUAAUCUUCAUUGUUUAUCUCCGUCGUCGCGCGAAAUUCGUGAAUGAAAUGAACUCGAGCAUAUCCGAUUACCACGUUACAUUGACUCCAGCUGUUUGUCGCGUAAAUCAUUCACUCAUCUCUCCACCCACGUAAUAAUGUACUGCGAGAUCGAGCUUUGGGAGCCCGUAAUACGUCAAUCGUUCGGCCAGCUGUUCAAAUUCGACGCGGAGAUCGAUGGCGCACGCGUCAAAUUGAUCUGACAAUUGCUCUUGAUUGAUUUACUAUCCGGAUCUGCCAAGCGUAAUAACCCCCGUUUUUCUGUUGUUUAAUUUCAACGAAAACGAGGUGUAUAAAAUCUCGUGGCGGUAUCCACGAUCAUCACACACUCUCGAAUAGCCUCGUCCAUAGCAGAACGACGAGUCGAAGAUGCGCGCAGUCACACUGGUCUUCGCUGGCCUCUUGGCCCUGGCCACAGCUUCGAGCGACAAGAAAGUCGUCUGCUACUUCGGUAGCUGGGCCGUCUACCGUCCCGGCAAUGGCAAGUUCGACAUCUCCUACAUCGACCCCAGCCUUUGCACCCACUUGAUCUACACCUUUGUCGGUAUCAGCGAGAGCGGCGACGUCAAGGUCUUGGACGCUUGGCAAGACCUUCCCGACAACUGGGGCAAGGACGGUUUCGGCCGCUUCAACGGCCUGCGCGAGAUCAGCCCCCAGACGAAGACUCUGGUGGCUAUCGGUGGCUGGAACGAGGGCUCGGCCAAGUACUCCAAGGUCGUGUCUGACCCCAACCUUCGCAAGAGGUUCGUCGACAACGUCGUCGCCUUCGUGAAGAAGCACAACUUCGACGGUUUCGACGUCGACUGGGAAUACCCCAACCAGAGAGGUGGAGCACCCGCCGACAAGAAGAACUACGUUCUCUUGCUGAAGGAACUCAGGGAGAAGUUCGAUAAGGAUGGCCUGAUCCUCAGCGCUGCCGUCGGCGCCGCCGAGGUCUCCGCCAGCCAGUCUUACAUCAUCUCCGAGAUGUCCAAGUACCUGCACUUCAUCAACCUCAUGGCUUACGAUCUCCAUGGUAUCUGGGACAAGAAGACCGGUAUCAACGCUCCGCUUUACGCCGGAUCGUGGGAGAGUGGAAACGAACGAGGUCUCAAUGUCAACGCCUCAAUCCACUACUGGUUGGACCAAGGCGCCCCGGCUGAGAAGCUCGUCGUGGGAGUUCCCUUCUACGGAAGGGGCUUCACCCUGGCCGACCCGAAGAACAAUGGAAUCGGUGCCCCAGCCAACCAGCCCGCCACUGCUGGUCCCUACACCCGCGAGCCUGGUAUGCUCGGCUACAACGAGAUCUGCGAGAGCAUCAAGAAAGGUGGAUGGCAGGUCAACUUCCAGGAGGAACAGCGCGUCCCCUACGCCGUCAAGGGCAACCAGUGGGUCGGCUACGACGACCAGAAAUCUCUCACCGAGAAGGCCAACUACGUCAACUCCCUGGGACUCGGCGGUAUGAUGGUCUGGUCCGUCGAGACCGACGACUUCAAGGGUGUCUGUGGUGAGAAGUACCCCCUUCUCAAGACCAUCAACCACGCUCUUCGCAACGGCGCCGCUCCACUGCCCACUCGUCCACCACCAAAGACCACCAAGGCUCCGACCACCGAAGCCACCAACGAGCCCAGCCAGCCCGAGCAGACACCAACCCCAACUGGCAUCUGCAAAGCCCCGGGGUACGUUCGUGACCCCAAGCAGUGCAGCGUCUUCUACUACUGCCAGCCCAACGGUAAAGAGUACAUCAUCAACAAAUUCAACUGCCCAGAUCCACUAGUCUUCGAUCCCAGCACGAACGGCUGCAACUACGCCUCCAGUGUUCAAUGCUGAGACGGUUGCGGAUCGGCAGGCGCACCGACUUCUCAUUAUGACGAUGUUAGAUCAAAUGUGUAUAGAUCGACGAGUUAUUGUUUGACUUUUGUUAGUUUUUUUUUUGUUAAUUAUUAAUAAAGUUACGUUUCAUAACUGUUGUUUAAUUAUA